AUGAAGAAGAUUUACAGCUGCAUUAUGAAAUUAAGGGCUGCCCUCAAAAGCCGGAUAUCAGGGAAACAAAAGGAAAAAGCAGAUCGAGAGUUACAAAAGGAAAUUGAGAAACAACGCAUCUUAAAUGAAGAGGCGGUAGGAGCAAGACUUGAAGAGCAAAGGGAGAGAGAAGAAGCCUCAAUACGCCAGAUUCAACGGGAAGAAGAGUGGAUUACGCGCAAAUUACAGCUAGAAAAAAAAGCAAGGGAGCUGACUAUUUACAAGGGGAGUUUGCCGUCACAGCCAGCAGCUCAAGCCGUGAAACUCCAGAAAUAUACAAUCACGCCUUUCAGUGAAGACUACAAGGACUGGGUCAGGUUUUGGAACCAGUUUGAAAUAGAGGUAGACGGAUCAAGUAUCUCGGAGAUCAGCAAAUUUCAUUACUUGCUUGAGCUAACCAAGGGGAAACCAAGAGAGGACAUUCUGGGGCUGCCACACACUGUCGACGGAUAUAAGGAGGCAAAAAGAAUUUUACUUUCAACAUACGGGAAAGACAUUAAAGUACACAAGGCGCUAAUUAAAGAGAUCGAGAGCCUUCCGCCUAUAACUAACAUCCAUAAAACGGCCAGCAUUAAUGAAUUCUAUAACAAGCUUUCACGAGUUGUGAGGGCACUAGCAACCAUGAAGAAACUGGAUUCUGUGCAGAGCACAGUCUUUACGAUUAUGGAUAAACUAGGGCCAGUUCGUGAGAUCAUUGCUCAAGGAGACGGUGAAUGGGAAGAAUUGAAGUUUGAGCAGCUCACCGAAAAUCUGCGGAAGUACGUUGACAGAAAUCCGAUAAAAUCAGGAGAUGAAUUCAAGCCGGACUUUGUUAAUCGAGAAAGAUUUCGAGAACAAGAUUUCGAGUUACUUCUUGGUAACCACCAAAAUAUCCGAAGAACAGGUGACAGAUGUGUUUACUGUGGGAACAAACAAUCAGCACAAAAGCUAAGACUGCCCAAGGGUCCUCAGUGUUGCCAGCCGACGGGAGGUCUUAAAGAAGAACAGACUCUGUCACAAUUGCACGGGAAGUGGGCAUUCUGCAAAGACUUGCAAAUCCAGAAAUUGCCUAAAGGGUGGACAGAAGCAUCACACAUCAUUAUGUUAAAAACAACAGUCAACCUUACCAGACAGAUGUCGCCAUCAGAAAAGAACAUGAGUGCUUCGAAUAGUGGAACAACCACCAUUCAUGCAACGGUCAAGGCAAAGAUAAACGAUCAAGAUGUCAGAAUCAUGAUAGAUACUGGUGCAAGCAGCUCAUACAUUUGUUCGGAUUUGGUAACAAAGCUGUCUUUCAGACCAAUCCGCAAAGAAACAAGGUGUAUCGAACUAAUGUCUGGCACAGUUACGAAACAUGUGGAGAUCUACAGGAUCAAUGUCAAUUCGACUGCUGUCGCAGGUUUCAGCUUGGACGUCGAUUGUAUCAAUGCCGAAAAAGCAGUGCUGACACACCUGCCUAACCCAAAGAUCGUAGAUUUGAAGCGAAAAUUUCAGCGGCUAAAGAGACUACAAGUUAAUGAUGAAGAAACAUCUGAUCGUCAACUGCCAGUACACAUCAUAUUUGGUGCAGCAGAUUAUCAAAGGAUACGCAUAACAGAACAACCUGUAGUGAGAGCGAAUCCAGAUAUGGAUCCCGGAGCCGAGUUUACGAUGUUAGGAUGGGUGCUGUUCGGAAGGCAAGCACUGGAUUCAUUGGAUGUUGAAAAGGGAUUCUUCCUGAAAUCAAGUAAAAACGACUUUGAACAACUUUGCAGUCUGGAUGUUUUAGGCUUGAUUGAUCCACCAAGCAACGAUUCAGUGUUCCAUGAAGACUUUACGCAACACUUACUGAAGAAGGAGGAAGGUUACUACGAAACCCGGUUACCUUGGAGACCUGACCAUCAUGCUUUGCCAGAAAAUAAAGUGCUAGCAACAGCAAGGCUACAGAGUACAACCAAAAGACUUGAAAUAACUGGGAAGUUAAAGGAUUAUCAUGAGGUCAUGCAGGAGCAAAUUCAAGAAGGGAUAAUAGAGAAGAUUCCUCAGAGGCCAUCAGGAGAAACAGUUCAUUACAUUCCACACCAAGCAGUAAUUCGAGAAGAUGCAGAAUCAACAAAGCUAAGGAUUGUGUAUGACUGUUCAGCAAAACCAAACCCUUAG